AUGAUUCCUCUCUCACCAGAAACUCCAGCAGCAGCAGCAGCAGCAGCAGCAGCAGCAGCAGCAGCAGCAGCAGCGAGAACAGCAAAGGCAGCUGAUGCAGACUCAAACGGAGCAGCAGCAGCAGCAAAAGAAAAUGCAGCAGCAGCAGAAACAGAAGGAGGGAAGAGAUAUGCUAAUGGAGGAGGCGUCAAACCACCUGCUGCUGCUGCUGCUGCUGAGGAGACAGCAGCCUGCAGCAGAAGCAGCAGCAGCUGCAGCAAACCCAUCCAUCUCUUCUAUACACUGCAUGUGUACGCUGACGUCGCGCUGCGCCUCUUGCUGUCUCCCCAGCAGCAGUAUCAGCAGCAGCAGCAGCAGCAGCAGCAGCAGGAGCAGCAGCAGCAGCAGCAGGAGAGGCCCCUUGCGUCUCCUCUCAACCAGCAGCAGCACCAGCAGCACCAGAAGCAGGAUCAGCAGCAGCAGCAGCAGCAGCAGCAGCAGCAGCAGGAGACAGUGAAUGCUGGCGCUGGUGUUGCUGGUGCUUCUGGUGCGGCUAUUGGUGAUGCUGCUGCAGCAGCAGCAGCAGCAGCAGCAGGGAGGACCCAGGAACACCAGCAGCAGCAGAAGCAGCAGACGAUCAAGCAGCAGCAGCAGAAGCAAGCAAGCAGCGCGAGCAGCAGCAGCAGCAAGAGCGACCGAAAGGAGCAGCAAAUGGGGCAGCUGCUGCUGCUUGUUCGAGUUGAAAGCAGCAACAGAACAGCAGCAGCAGCAGUUGCUGCUGCUGCAGCUGAGGGCACCUGA